GCUUUUCCUCUCUCUCUCUCUCUCUCUCUCCUUUCUUAAACAAAUAAUAAGGUGGAGAAGGGAAAAGAAAAGAAAAACAAAGAGAAAAGAAAAGAAAAGCAAAGCGAAGAAACAAGGUUGAAAGAAAGAAAGAAAGAAAAAUAGGGUUUUUGUUUUUGAAUGAGAGUUUUAGAGUAUAGAGAAGAAAUGGUUGUAGAGAAACGAGACAUUUCCUCCUCCGAUAGAAAGGGAACCUUCUCCGUACUCCUUCUUUUCCUUCUUCUGAUUCUCAUUCUUCCCAGUAUUUAAAAAACAAACAAACACACACACUCUGUUUUCCUUUCCUUUCUUUUCUUUUCUUUUCCUUUUCCUUUUCUCUCUUACACGCUGUUUCCUUUCUCUUCUUCUUGUUCUUUAACAACAGCAAAAACGGUGUCGUUUUCGGGUUUUGGAUGGUUCGUUACACUGUUGUAUCACUGUUGCGAUGCUCGAAUCGGUUACCGGAUGCAUUCUUGAGGAGUCCGGAAUCGGUUAGGGUUUUUCCUUAAUUUUUGCAAACUGUUUUUUUGUUUUUUUGUUUAGGUUGAUUUUUAAUUUAAGGUAAAAAAGAAAUAUAUAUUAUUGUUGUUGUUGUUAUUGUUCGUUGAUGUUCGUUUGUUUGUUGGAUUGACUAUUGAGAGAUGUGUGAUGUGUUUUUUUUUUUUUUGUUGUAAAUAAACAUAUUUUGUGUUUUUUGGAGAAAUAUAUGUAAAAGCAAAAAACAAAAAAACGAAAAAAAAAAAAGACACACAUCCGAAUCACCCGCUAUUUUUAUUGUGGGGUUUUAGUUUUUAUUAUCAAAAUUUGUUUUUUUUAUUUUUUUUAUUAUACCAAAAAAGAGUUAAGAGAUACUAAAUUUAGAAAGAGGGAGAGGUGAAGGGGAUUUUGCUAUUGGGUUAGUUUUGAAAUUCUAUGGGAAUACCUGAUAGGUCCCUAAUAAAUCUAAUAGUGAAGUUUAGGUCUUGGUUUUCUUGGGUAGCAAGUGAUUCUAAGGGAUUUGAAAUGCUUACUAGUGAUUCCAAAAUGGGUUGUUGUUGUUGUGAGUGCAAUAUGAAGCUUAGUCAAAAUAGUUACUCUUGCCGGAGUUGUGGCAGGUCGGUGUGUGGGAAAUGUAUCCGGGGGGGCUAUGAGCUUCCGGUUGUUGAAUUGGGUAGUGGUGGGAGUAUGAGUAUUAAGCGGUGCAAGCUUUGUACUGGAAAGGGUGCAGAAGAUGUUAUUACAGGGAGGAAGGGUGGUGGUAGUAGUAAGAAAGUGCAUCCUGCUGUGUCUCCGCUAGAGAGCCCACGAGAGAGUCCUGAGCCACCAUCACCACCACCGCCUUGUUUUUGUAGUAGUGGUGAAGGAAUCAGGAGCGAAUCUAUUCGGAGUGAUCAACUUGCUCACUAUCUUGAAACCCGGGAAUAUGGGUAUUCGCCAAAUGCAAUGAUCAGCCGCAGGAGCAUGAUGAUGCUGUCCUCUUUUAGCGGUCACCCAUCUCCUGAAUCUGUUCGUCGAUCUCCCUACAGGAGUGAUGAAGACGAAGCAGAGGAUUCUGGGAAGCUAUUUUUCAGCCCAUCAAUUGAAUAUUGUCAUGAUAACUCAGAUAUAGAUUCAAGUAGUCUUAGAGCUAGACAUGAGUUUUACAGUUGUAGGUCAGUGGGAUCAAGCCCUUCAGACAGCCCCUCUAGGAUUAAUUUUACUUCUAAUAGAGUUGGGAAUUCUGUACAGCAGGGGCAAGAGGGAAGCCCUUAUUCUCAGAAUGCUGGUCCCUUUGAUCAACCAAUCCUGGCUAUUUUGAGAGGGUCUGAGGAUCCAGAUAACAAUGAUGAUUGCUCUGAUGACUUGGCAAUUUUUCGGAACCAGAAUGAGAAGUCUCAAAGGCCAUUGGAUUUUGAAAACAAUGGUCUUAUCUGGUUUCCCCCACAGCCUGGUGAUGAAAAUGAUGAGGCGGAGAGUAAUUUCUUUUCAUACGACGAUGAUGAUGAUGAUAUUGGGGAUUCAGGUGCAAUGUUCUCGUCCAGUAGCAGCCUUGUUAGUGUGUUUCCAGCAAAGGAAAAACAAAAUGAGGGUAAUAAGGAACCUCUCAGGGCAGUGGUACAUGGGCAUUUUAGGGCUCUUGUGUCACAGCUCUUACAGGGGGAGGGUAUUAAAGUGGGCAAAGAGAAUGAUGUUGAGGACUGGCUCGACAUAGUUACAACAUUAGCAUGGCAAGCAGCAAAUUUUGUUAAACCAGAUACUAGCAGAGGAGGCAGCAUGGAUCCUGUUGAUUAUGUAAAGGUUAAAUGUGCAGCAUCAGGAAGUCCGAGUGAGAGCACUCUUAUAAAGGGAGUAGUUUGUACCAAAAAUAUCAAGCACAAGCGCAUGACCUCGCAAUACAAAAAUCCCAGACUACUUCUUUUAGGAGGAGCCCUUGAAUACCAGAAAGUUCCAAAUGAGUUGGCUUCUUUCGAUACAUUACUACAGCAGGAAAAGGAUCAUCUCAAGAUGAUUAUUUCAAAAAUUGAGACUCUUCGACCAAAUGUUCUGUUGGUAGAAAAAAGCGUAUCUUCAUAUGCCCAAGAACAACUGCUAGCUAGGGAAAUCUCGUUAGUGUUGAAUGUUAAGAGGCCAUUACUGGAGCGUAUAGCACAGUGUACUGGUGCUAUUAUUACUCCAUCAAUUGAUAAAAUAUCUACAGCACGGUUGGGACAUUGUGAACUGUUCCGGUUAGUGAGAGUGUCUGAAGAACAUGAGACUGCAAAUCAGUUCAACAAAAAACCAUCUAAAACCUUGAUGUUUUUUGAAGGUUGUCCUAGGCGCUUAGGUUGCACGGUCUUGCUGAAGGGCACAUGUCGUGACGAACUAAAGAAAGUUAAACAUGUUGUUCAAUAUGCAGUGUUUGCAGCCUAUCAUUUAUCUCUUGAGACAUCCUUUCUUGCUGAUGAGGGUGCUAGUCUGCCUAAGAUGACCCUUAAACACUCAAUUUCUGUACCAGAGAGAACAACAACGCCUGAUCUAGCUAUUUCUGUAGUCCCUAAUUGUCUUGCGUCAACCAGUUGCCCAGCAUGGACUGAUAUCUCUCUUCAAGAUGAAGAAAUUGCGGGUCUCAAUCCAGAAAUUGAAGGAUUGGAAUUAUUGGGUAGGCAUCUUGAUCCUGUUCAUCCAACUGGUUCCAUGAACUGUAGGGUUGGAAAUGCACCAACCGAUGCAUGCUAUGAUGAUUUAGCAUCUUGUGUGGGUUUGGAGUCUUGCACUUUAAAUCAGUGUGAGGACUUUAAAGGGCCCAGAGUGUUUCCUUCUGUUAUGAGAAAUCUUUCCCAACAAGAACCACAAGAAUCAAUGGCCCAAGAUGAGACGCUUGCUGGGGAGAUGAAUGGAUCUACAAGAUCUGAAAGGGCUGAUGAAAACGAAGUCUCUAGUGAAUACUUUUCAGCCGCUGAAACUCACCAGAGUAUAUUGGUAUCAUUUUCAAGCCAUUGUGUGCUGAAAGGAAUUGUAUGUGAACGCUCUCGGCUCCUGCGCAUAAAGUUUUAUGGUUGUUUUGAUAAGCCUCUAGGGAGAUAUCUGCGUGAUGACCUGUUUGACCAGGCAUGUUGCUGUCGAUCAUGUAAAGAGCCAGUUGAGGCCCAUGUCCUAUGUUUCACCCAUCAGCAGGGAAAUCUCACAAUCAAUGUUCGAUGCCUUCCGGAUAUAAUACUACCUGGGGAACGGGAUGGCAAGAUCUGGAUGUGGCACCGAUGCCUAAGGUGUGCCCAUGUGGAUGGAGUUCCACCAGCUACUCGUAGAGUGGUUAUGUCAGAUGCUGCCUGGGGACUUUCUUUUGGAAAGUUCUUGGAACUUAGCUUUUCAAACCAUGCAACUGCUAAUCGUGUUGCACCCUGUGGUCAUUCAUUGCAAAGGGACUGUCUCCGUUACUAUGGGUUUGGGAGCAUGGUUGCAUUUUUCCGGUAUUCCCCAAUCGAUAUUCUUUCUGUUCAUUUGCCACCGUCAGUGCUUGAAUUCAAUGGCCAUGUUCAACAUGAGUGGACAAAAAAAGAGGCUGCAGAGCUUGUCCAUAAAAUGGAGACCUUGUAUGCCGAGAUAUCUGAUGUACUUGAUAGCUUGGAAGAAAAAUGUAAGUCAUUUGGAAAUGAAUGUUCGGACACGAAUGACUUACAGGGCCACAUCAUGGAGCUGAAAGACUUGCUUAAAAAGGAAAGAAAUGAUUACAAUGGUUUGCUUCAACCGGCUAUUAUGGAGACUUCACAGCCAGAUUGGCUGGCUGGAGACAUUCUGGAAUUGAAUCGCUUGAGACGCUCUCUUUUAGUUGGUUCACAUGUUUGGGAUCAGCGGCUUUGUUCAUUGGACUCUCUCCUUAAAAAGAGUUCUAUUUCAAAGGCUGCACAAGGGGAUGCAUCUUAUGCCCAGCUGAAAGAGCUUAAGAGUGAGUUAUCACAUAAGGAUGGCAUGCUUGGUACUGGGUAUGAGGAUUCUGACUCUUCAAAAUUACAUGAGCCUCCUGGCAACAAUUUGCAGUCAGAGCAGGUGCAGCCUAAUAUACCACCCUUUGAACCUUCUGUUGCUGUAGACUUGAUGUUAACCACACGUCAUCAUCAUGUCAGAGUGGAGGAAAAACAUUCGGAUGGGGAAGUUAGUGUAAAUAAGACACUAAGUGAAAGCUUAUCCCCCAAUGAGUCUACUCUAUCUGAGAGAAUAGAUUUGGCUUGGACGGGUACUAAUCAACCUGCAAUGAAAGCUCAGCCUCAUUCAUCACAUGCAGACAAACUCCAAGCUGGAUCUGUCAGGCAGAUUAGUCAAAAUGAUAAUCCUCCUAUUAGAAGGUUAAUGUCACCAGUGAGAGUUUAUUCUUUUGAUUCUGCAUUACGAGCCCAAGAAAGAAUCCGGAAGGGAUUGCCUCCCUCUUCCUUGCAUUUGUCGGCUCUUAGAUCUUUCCAUGCCUCUGGAGAUUACAGGAGUAUGGUGAGAGAUCCUGUUUCCAAUGUAAUGAGGACUUACUCCCAAAUGCUGCCAUGGGAGACACAGAAGUUAAACUUAACAGGCGGUUCCACACCAUCAUUUAUCUCCUCCGCAUCUCAUAUGGCUGAAGGUGCUCGGCUGCUGCUUACGCAAAAUGGCCACAACGAUUUAGUUAUUGCCGUUUAUGAAAAUGAACCCACUAGUAUAAUUUCGUAUGCCCUUAGUUCCAAGGAGUAUAAUGAUUGGGUUGCUGAUAAAUUGAAUGAGCAUGAGGGAAGCUGGAGUCCCCAUGAGAGCAGUAAAGAAGAUUCUGCAGUUUCCACCUUUUCUGCCUGGCAGUUGGAGUUUGAUUAUAUCCAUUAUGGUAGUUAUGGAUCUGAAGAUGCUUCAUCAUCUAUGGGUACUUUUUUUAAGGAUCCCAAAAGACCUCCUCAUUUAACAAUAUCUUUUGAGGAUGAGUUUUCAACUGGUGGAGGCAAAGUAAAGUUUUCAGUCACUUGUUAUUUUGCCAAGCAAUUUGACUCUCUAAGAAAAAAAUGCUGCCCAAGUGAAGUGGAUUUUGUGCGAUCCUUGAGCCGCUGCCAGACAUGGAGUGCACAAGGGGGGAAAAGCAAUGUAUAUUUCGCCAAGUCAUUGGAUGAAAGAUUCAUUAUAAAACAGGUUACAAAAACAGAGUUGGAUUCCUUUGCGGAUUUUGCACCUCAAUAUUUUAAAUAUUUGACAGAAUCUCUUAGCUCGAGAAGCCCAACUUGCCUUGCAAAAAUUCUUGGCAUUUAUCAGGUCUCUGUAAAACAUCUAAAAGGUGGUAAGGAAACAAAAAUGGAUUUGAUGGUGAUGGAGAACCUCUUUUUCAAGAGAAAUAUCUCAAGGGUUUAUGAUCUCAAGGGCUCUGCACGAGCACGCUAUAAUUCAGAUACAACAGGGACAAACAAAGUACUGCUAGAUAUGAAUUUGUUGGAAACAUUACGUACAAAACCUAUAUUUCUUGGAAGCAAGGCAAAGAGAAGCCUAGAAAGAGCUGUCUGGAAUGAUACAUCAUUUUUGGCGUCUGUGGAUGUUAUGGACUAUUCCCUGCUGGUUGGGGUGGACGACGAACGCAAAGAGCUGGUUUUAGGGAUCAUUGAUUUCAUGAGACAGUAUACCUGGGACAAACAUUUGGAGACAUGGGUGAAGGCAUCUGGGAUACUUGGUGGUCCAAAAAAUGCUUCCCCCACCAUUAUUUCUCCCAAACAAUACAAGAAAAGAUUCCGGAAGGCAAUGACUACCUAUUUUCUCACUGUACCUGAUCAAUGGUCAUCAUGAACUGCAUCAUUGCAAUUUUUUUGUUAACACUCCAAAAUGCAUCUGUUUGUCAAUAAAGAAUAGGGGGGAUUGAAAUUGCAGAUAAAAGGAAAGUAAGAUUCCUCCUAUGAAUUCUUUUUUAUUUUAUUUUUUUAUUUCUUGUUUUGUACACUCUGUAUAUGGGCAGAACUAGCCCAAAUGAGAGGCUUUACACUGAAAUCAAGAAGAGAUGGUUAUAUUGUUGGUC